UGCUAAUUCAAAACCACUGAAGUCAGGUCAGGUUCACCGCGAGACAGACCACUUUCUAAUAUUCGCGACACAUAUUACAUACAUUCGCACAAAUGAUUCUAAAAAGCGGAAUUCUGAUCAGCGUUUUGUGUAUAUCGGGAGUGUUCUCGCAGCUUCAGGAUGUUUUCGAAUGGAACGAGGUGACUUUUGCAUGGCCUAACGAAGGAGCUAAAAACGCAGCUUUGGCCAGCCGUGCUUAUGAGCCGAAAAAUAAUCUGCCUCUGGGGCUUGCGAGGUGGAAAGACAAGUUGUUCGUCACUGUGCCUAGAUGGAAAGACGGGGUAGCCGCUAACUUAAACUACAUUCCCCUAAACACGACAGAAAAAUCACCAGCUUUACACCCCUAUCCUGACUGGAAAGCUAACCAGCUUCCAAAAGAAGGAGAAUUGCCAGCCGAAAACCAGAUUGUAUCUGUGUUUAGACUUAAAGUCGAUGAAUGUGAUCGAUUAUGGUUGAUAGAAACUGGACUAGCGGAUAUUUUAGGAAGUGGAAAGCAAGUCAUACCUACCUCUAUUGCUAUAUUUGAUCUAAACACAGACCGGUUAAUCAGAAGGUAUAAUUUACCGGAUAGUGAUAUUAAAGGGGCAGAUUCUUUCUUCGCCAAUAUCAUCGUAGAUGCAACAAAAACUCAAUGUGACAAAGCUUUUGCCUACCUACCAGACUUGGGAGGUUAUGGAAUAGUCGUGUAUUCUUUCGCCGAUAACAAAUCUUGGAGAGUUAAGCACAAUUAUUUCCACUUUGAUCCUCUUAAAGGCAAUUUGACCGUUGGUGGAGUCAAUUUCCAGUGGACUGAUGGAGUGUUUGGCCUUGCUCUAGGACCGAUAAAUGAAACAACUGGCUACCGAACAGCUUAUUUUCAUGCUCUAGCCAGUUGCAAUGAAUUUUCAGUCAGCACAGAAGUUUUGCAAAAUGAACUCUUGGCUUCAGAUCCAUCCUCAUUUGAAUUGUACAAACUUGAAGGAUUUAAGAAUGACCAAGGACAAUCUACAUCUUCUGAAUUCGACGUUAAAGCAAAUGUCCUGUUCACGACUCAAAUACAGAGGGAUGCUAUCGCUUGUUGGAAUCCUAGAAAAAAACUCGAUGUUAACACAUUCGCACUGAUUGCACAGGAUCACGAAAAACUGAUUUUCACUAACGACAUUGCGAUUGAUGCUGAAAGAAACCUCUGGGUGCUAUCGGACAGACUGCCAGCAUUUAUCUACAGAGAACUUAAUCCGAACCAAAUCAACUACAGAAUUAUGAAGAUGAAUAUCGACAGUUCCAUUAAAGGUACACCAUGCGAAGCAUAACACAACCCAGUAUUAUUAUGAGUGAUUGUAUUAUUUUUAUAAAUAUAGUUUGUAGGAUCCCUAAAUUGUAUUAAUUAUUUAUAAAACAAGUACAUUACAAGUUCGUUA